AGUCAGUAGUCAGUUGUAUGUAGCAGUCAGUUGUAUGCAGUAGUCAGUUGUAUGUAGUAGUCAGUUGUAUGCAGUAGUCAGUUGUAUUUAGAAGUCAGUUGUAUGCAGUAGUCAGUUGUAUGUAGUAGUCAGUUGUAUGUAGUAGUCAGUUGUAUGGUAGUCAGUUGUAUGUAGUAGUCAGUUGUAUGUAGUAGUCAGUUGAAUGUAGUAGUAAGUAGUCAGUUGUAUGUAGUAGUCAGUUGUAUGCAGUAGUCAUUUGUAUGUAGUAGUCAGUUGUAUGCAGUAGUCAGUUGUAUUUAGUAGUCAGUUGUAUGCAGUAGUCAGUUGUAUGUAGUAGUCAGUUGUAUGUAGUAGUCAGUUGUAUGGUAGUCAGUUGUAUUGUAGUCAGUUGUAUGGUAGUCAGUAAUCAGUUAUAUGUAGUAGUCAGUUGUAUGCAGUCGUCAGUUGAAUGUAGUAGUCAGUUGUAUGUAGUAGUCAGUUGUAUGUAGUAGUAAGUUGUAUGUAGUAGUCAGUAGUAUGUAGUAGUCAGUUGUAUGUAGUAGUCAGUUGUAUGCAGUAGUCAGUUGAAUGUAGUAGUCAGUAGUAUGUAGUAGUCAGUUGUAUGCAGUGGUCAGUUGUAUGUAGUAGUCAGUUGUAUGUAGUAGUCAGUUGUAUGUAGUAGUCAGUUGUAUGGUAGUCAGUAGUCAGUUAUAUGUAGUAGUCAGUUGUAUGCAGUAGUCAGUUGUAUGUAGUAGUCAGUUGUAUGGUAGUCAGUUGAAUGUAGUAGUCAGUAGUAUGUAGUAGUCAGUUGAAUGUAGUAAUCAGUUGUAUGUAGUAGUCAGUUGUAUGUAGUAGUCAGUUGUAUGUAGUAGUCAGUUGUAUGGUAGUCAGUUGUAUGUAGUAGUCAGUUGUAUGGUAGUCAGUAGUAUAUAGUAGUCAUUUAUAUGCAGUAGUCAGUUGUAUGCAGUAGUCAGUUGUAUGAAGUAGUCAGUUGUAUGUAGUAGUCAGUUGUAUGCAGUAGUCAGUUGUAUGUAGUAGUCAGUUGUAUGUAGUAGUCAGUUGUAUAGUAGUCAGUUGUAUGUAGUAGUCAGUUGUAUGGUAGUCAGUUGAAUGUAGUAGUCAGUUGUAUGUAGUAGUCAGUUGUAUGUAGUAGUCAGUUGUAUGUAGUAGUCAGUUGCAUGUAGUAGUCAGUUGUAUGUAGUAGUCAGUUCUAUAUAGUAGUUAGUAGUCAGUUGUAUGCAGUAGUCAGUUGUAUGCAGUAGUCAGUUGUAUGCAGUAGUCAGAGGUCAGUUGUAUGUAGUAGUCAGUUGUAUGCAGUAGUCAGUUGUAUGUAGUAGUCAGUAGUCAGUUGUAUGUAGUAGUCAGUUGUAUGUAGUAGUCAGUUGUAUGUAGUAGUCAGUUGUAUGUAGUAGUCAGUUGUAUGGUAGUCAGUUGAAUGUAGUAGUCAGUUGAAUGUAGUAGUCAGUUGUAUGUAGUAGUCAGUUGUAUGCAGUAGUCAGUUGUAUGCAGUAGUCAGUUGUAUGUAGUAGUCAGUUGAAUGUAGUAGUCAGUUGUAUGGUAGUCAGUAGUCAGUUGAAUGUAGUAGUCAGUUGUAUGCAGUAGUCAGUUGUAUGUAGUAGUCAGUUGUAUGCAGUAGUCAGUUGUAUGUAGUAGUCAGUUGUAUGUAGUAGUUAGUUGUAUGUAGUAGUCAGGUGUAUGUUAGUCAAUUGUAUGUAGAAGUCAGUUGUAUGCAGUACUCAGUUGUUUGUAGUAGUCAGUUGUAUGCAGUAGUCAGUUGUAUGCAGUAGUCAGUUGUAUGGAGUAGUCAGUUGUAUGUAGUUGUCAUUUGUAUGUAGUAGUCAGUUGUAUGUAGUAGUCAGUUGUAUGUAGUAGUCAGUUGUAUGUAGUAGUCAGUUGUAUGGUAGUCAGUUGUAUGGUAGUCAGUUGUAUGUAGUAGUCAGUUGUAUGUAGUAGUCAGUUGUAUGUAGUAGUCAGUUGUAUGUAGUAGUCAGUAGUCAGUUGUAUGCAGUAGUCAGUUGUAUGCAGUAGUCAGUUGUAUGUAGUAGUCAGUUGUAUGUAGUAGUCAGUUGUAUGUAGUAGUCAGUUUUAUGUAGAAGUCAGUCGUAUGGUAGUCAGUUGAAUGUAGUAGUCAGUUGUAUGGUAGUCAGUUGAAUGUAGUUGUCAGUAGUAUGUAGUAGUCAGUUGUUUGCAGUAGUCAGUUAUAUGUAGUAGUCAGUUAUAUGCUGUAGUCAGUUAUAUGUAGUAGUCAGUUGUAUGUAGUAGUCAGUUGUAUGUAGUAGUCAGUUGUAUGGUAGUCAGUUGUAUGUAGUAGUCAGUUGUAUGUAGUAGUCAGUUGUAUGCAGUAGUCAGUUGUAUGCAGUAGUCAGUUGUAUGUAGUAGUCAGUUAUAUGCAGUAGUCAGUUGUAUGUAGUAGUCAGUUGUAUGUAGUAGUCAGUUGUAUGUAGUAGUCAGUUGUAUGUAGUAGUCAGUUAUAUGUAGUAGUCAGUUGUAUGUAGUAGUCAGUUGUAUGUAGUAGUCAGUUGUAUGUAGUAGUCAGUUGUGUGCAGUAGUCAGUUGUGUGCAGUAGUCAGUUGUAUGUAGUAGUCCGUUGUAUGUAGUAGUCAGUUGUAUGUAGUAGUCAGUUGUAUGUAGUAGUCAGUUGUAUGUAGUAGUUAGUUGCAUGUAGUAGUCAGUUGUAUGUAGUAGUCAGUUGUAUGAAGUAGUCAGUUGCAUGUAGUAGUCAGUUGUAUUUAGUAGUCAGUUGUAUGGUAGUCAGUUGAAUGUAGUAGUCAGUUGUAUGGUAGUAAGUUGUAUGCAGUAGUCAGUUGUGUGCAGUAGUCAUUUGUAUGCAGUAGUCAGUUGUAUGCAGUAGUCAGUUGUAUGCAGUAAUCAGUUGUAUGCAGUAGUCAGUUGUAUGCAGUAGUCAGUUGUAUGCAGUAAUCAGUUGUAUGCAGUAGUCAGUUGUAUGCAGUAGUCAGUUGUAUGUAGUAGUCAGUUGUAUGCAGUAGUCAGUUGUAUGCAGUAGUCUGUUGUAUGUAGUAGUCAGAGGUCAGUUGUAUGUAGUAGUCAGUUGUAUGCAGUAGUCAGUUGUAUGUAGUAGUCAGUUGUAUGUAGUAGUCAGUAGUCAGUUGUAUGUAGUAGUCAGUUGUAUGUAGUAGUCAGUUGUAUGUAUUAGUCAGUAGUCAGUUGUAUGUAGUAGUCAGUUGUAUGCAGUAGUCAGUUGUAUGUAGUAGUCAGUUGUAUGUAGUAGUCAGUUGUAUGGUAGUCAGUUGAAUGUAGUAGUCAGUUGUAUGUUAGUCAGUUGUAUGUAGUAGUCAGUUGUAUGCAGUAGUCAGUUGUAUGCAGUAGUCAGUUGUAUGUAGUAGUCAGUUGAAUGUAGUAGUCAGUUGUAUGGUAGUCAGUAGUCAGUUGAAUGUAGUAGUCAGUUGUAUGCAGUAGUCAGUUGUAUGUAGUAGUCAGUUGUAUGCAGUAGUCAGUUGUAUGUAGUAGUCAGUUGUAUGAAGUAGUCAGUUGUAUGUAGUAGUCAGUUGUAUGUAGUAGUCAGUUGUAUGUAGUAGUCAGUUGUAUGUAGUAGUCAGUUGUAUGUAGUAGUUAGUUGCAUGUAGGAGUCAGUUGUAUGAAGUAGUCAGUUGUAUGCAGUAGUUGAAAUAAAUUAAUGUUCUAUAAGGCCGGUGUUCUCGGUAAUUCUGCACAUUGAAGCUUCCACUCGCUCUUGUCUAGACCGCAUUUCCGCGUUGGAAAUGGUAUACAUUUAAUUAUUGUAACUUAUCUUUCUGGAGUUACAUAAACCCUGUUUACACCGUUUUGUCAUAUUUCAUUUCUGUUUUUUUUUUCGAACAACAUAAACGAAACUCGUUGAAAAAAAGAGGAUUAGGCAUUCGAUCUCCAAGUGUGGAUUAAAAGCGUUCAUUUGUGACACCACAUGUCUGCAUAUGUGUAGAUACCGUUAUUUAGAUAAUAUAUCACACGUGUCACCUUCUAAUAACAUGUAUAAUGGCAAUAAAGUGCAUUACUAUCAGAGAAAUAAAACACAGCAUGAAUUCGGUUUCAUGCUGGGUUUUAUUUCUCUUAAAGUAAUGCAGAUAAACAUUGCUUCUAUUAAUCACCUAGUAACUGAUAAAACUAUUUAAAAAACAUGAACUAUUAUGUGAUGAUCAGAUCGAUAACAUAAACUAUUUAAAUCUGUUAGUUUAUUCGAUAAAAAGAUAUUGUAAUUGUCUUUGACAGUGUUGACGUUGAGUUGUUCGUGGGGACGACCGCAUGCAUUUAUACAUCUCUUACACUUCUCAAGAUCUCUUUUCGGCUUUGGAAACGAUAUAAAUUCAAUGCCACCACCUAAUCUUUCAGGAUAUCGAUUGUCCGAGUUACAUAAUCCCCAUUCAAACCGUUUAACCAUUUUUAUGUCCCCCACUAUAGUAGUGGGGGACAUAUUGUUUUUGCCCUGUCUGUUGGUCUGUUGGUUUGCGCCAACUUUAACAUUUGCAAUAACUUGCAAUAUUGAAGAUAGCAACUUGAUAUUUGGCAUGCAUAUGCAUCUCAUGGAGCUGCACAUUUUGAGUGGUGAAAGGUCAAGGUCAUCCUUCAAGGUCAAAGGUCAAAUAUAUGGGUCAAAAUCGCUCAUUUAAUGUACACUUUUGCAAUAUUUCAAUAUUCAAGAUAGCAACUUGAUAUUUGGCAUGCAUGUGUAUCUCAUAGAGCUGCACAUUUUGAGUGGUAAAAGGUCAAGGUCAUCCUUCAAGGUCAGAGGUCAAAUAUAUGUGGCCAAAAUCGCUCAUUUUAUGAGUACUUUUGCAAUAUUGAAGAUAGCAACUUGAUAUUUGGCAUGCAUGUGUAUCUCAUGAAGCUGCACAUUUUGAGUGGUGAAAAGUCAAGUUCAAGGUCAUCCUUCAAGGUCAAAUAUAUGGGUCAAAACUGCUCAUGUAAUGUCACUUCUGCAAUAUUGAAGCUAGCAAUUUUAUAUUUGACAUGCAUGUGUAUCUCAUGGAGCUGCACAUUUUGAGUGGUGAAGGGUCAAGGUCAAGGUCAUCCUUCAAGGUCAAACGUCAUAUACGGGGACAAAGUGUUUCACAAACACAUCUUGUUAAUCUACGUUUUUUAAAGAGGAAAACAAAAGAAACUCGUUGAAAUAAGAGCGAACCUAGACACAGCUUGUCUAGGAAAUGGCGGACAGUUCGUUGCUAACUAACGCGCCCGAUUAAUCGAUCGCUGAUUGGUAGAUCAAUUCUUAGAUAAGGAUUUGAUUGACAGGCGGCGACAUGUCAAUAGACCAGUUCACGCGUGACGUCACGCGCACCUGCGUGUUUACAUCCGGGCUUCACUGGUAGUCAAAAAGCAAACACAAACAAAGGCGAGAAAUAGAGCUUGGUAGUCGGGAUUAUUUUUAGAUUUAUUUUGUAAACAUGCCAACAGGAUGUUGCGCGCCUGGGUGCACACAAAGGCAAACAAAGGGAGGCGAUAUUCAUUUCUAUCGCUUUCCUAAGAAUGACGAAAGACGAUGGAAAUGGAUAAUUGCAAUGAAGCGCAUGCAGUUCGACAACCCAAACAAACUGUGGGAACCACUUCACAAUCAACAACUAUGCAGCCUUCAUUUUUUAUCGGGUCAGCCAUCAACAGAUGCCAACCAUCCUGAUUAUGUCCCAAGCCGCUUCCACUUCACGCCAGUACUGGAGCAGACACCAAAAGCCAUGGACCGGUAUCAACGUGCUGUAAAAAGAAGGCGCCUUGUUCUUUCUCCGCAGCCAGAGAAAGAGAACACUCCUCUCCCCGACGAACAGACAGCCGCCCUCGGCUUGCUAGAUCUUGGUGUAUGCACUCCAAAAUAUCAAACUACAGGUACUGACCUUGAUCCAGAUCCUAUCAUGAUGGAACUGGGUGAACUAAAGAAGAGUCACUCCAUUCUUCAAGAGGAAUACCAGCAUCUCCUAAACGAGUACAGGGCUUUGAAGGAAACAGUGGAAGCUUCCAAGUUCACGUACAGAAACUUGAACAAUUCUACAAUGAUUACCUUGACAGGAUUGCCAAGUGUUAAUUUGUUCAGAUUGGUCUUGUCCUUUGUGUGUCUGUCAUUGAAACCAAUGGGGAAGUUAUGUGCUGGUAACAUUAUCCUUAUGGUUUUGAUGAAACUAAAACUAGGAUUGACAAAUAAAGACUUAGCAUUGAGGUUUAAGGUAGCCCCUACCCAGGUCUCAGCCAUCAUAAACAUUGCCAUCCCUGUGAUUGCAGACAAGCUCAAUUGUUUGAUAUGUUGGCUGCCAAAGGAAGAAAUAAUUAAUAAAUCUUCCUAAGGCUUUCAAGAGGCAUUAUAGAAAAACCAGAGUUAUCAUAGACUGAAUUAUUAUUUGAAUUAUUUAUCCAGCGCCAAUCCAACCUGAAUGCUCGAGCAGAGUCCUGGUCCAACUAUAAACAUCAUAACACUGCUAAGUUUCUAAUUGGCAUUGCACCGCAUGGAACUGUGACCUUCUUGUCUCGUGCAUGGGGAGGACAUGUGUCGGACAAGCAACUGACUGCGCAAUCAGGUUUUUUUGAUAAACUAGAACCAGGAGAUUUGGUAAUGGCAGACCGAGGAUUUCUCAUAGCUGAAGAACUUGCAGCUUAUAGUGCCUCCCUCGCUAUUCCAACCUUUGCCAAGGGAAUACAACAAUUCUCCCAGAAGGAAGUUGAGCAUGCGCGUCGACUGUCGCAACUGCGAAUUCAUGUGGAGCGAGCCAUAGAGCGUGUUAAGCGCUUUCAGAUAUUGAAAAACGUUAUUCCAUUAACGAUGACACGCCAUCUGGAUUCGAUUUUGACAAUAUGUUGUGCCAUUACCAAUGUAUUGCCAAAGCUGGUUAAGUAAUAUGACACUGUUUGACUAAAAGUGAUACAUCGAAUGUAAAAACAUCAAGUGUGUGUGAUAAUCUUUAUUAGCAUGGCCAUAGUACAUAAUGUGAAUUUGUACUGUGUAUGUUCAAAUAUAUUAACAUGUGCAUUAUGUCAAAUGAAACGGGCAUAUAGGAUGCAAAUUGAUUUAUCUUCAGUGUUUUAUUUACAUAGUAUUGCAAUAAAGAAAGAAGUAUA